ACCAAUGCUGUUUUUAGCGAUGAUUGGAGCACUUUACGUUGCAUCACAGCUGCUACCUGCUGGACUGCUGGUUCCUCUCCGACCAUGGCUGCUGCUGCAAAAUCCGUCGGAUUUUUGGCUCAAUUCAAUAACUCAUUGAAGCGGUUUAUCUUCAGAGCUUCAGCCUUCAACCAGAUGGGAUUGUACCAUGAUGACUGUUUGUAUGAGACAGCAGAUAUCCAGGAGGCACUGCGCCGUGUACCUCAGAGUGUAUUGGACGAACGCAAUUUUAGAGCACAGCGAGCACUCCAGCUUUCCCUGACGAAGAGCAUUCUCCCUAAAGAUCAGUGGAUUAGCUAUGAGGAAGACCGUGAGAAGGGACGUUAUCUGCAGCCAUACCUCAGUGAGGUAAUCAAGGAGAGGAAGGAAAUGGAAGAGUGGAACAAGAAGUAAAUACUUUCUGGCUUUGCUCAGGAUGUGAAUAGUUUAAUGAUAAUUACAGUCCAAAUAAAUUGUUUACAUAACAUUGCAUUAUUGAUUAGUACAUGAAAUUUAACAUUUUUCCAUGGUUGAAAAAAAAAGCUUGUUUGCCAAAAACAGCCCCUGUAUAUUAUUACUAUACCUAAUUUUUAUUUAGAAAAGCCCUCAGGUGAAUGUUUUGAAUGUAGUUAUGAAUGUAUUAAAGGUCAAAAUGUUGUAUAA